AUGAAAAUCUGUUCAUUUGUGUUGUUGGUUGUUGCAGACGUCACACCCGAUGCUGAAGAAGAGUAUGAAUGCAAGGGAAACAAUAAGUAUGGGCAGGCCAAAGGUGCAGCUAAACUUCUGGUGCGAACCGCUUUCUAUUGGCCUGAUGGACCGCCGCCCAAUACAAAUACGAGCGAAGGCCAAACGGUCACCUUUGAUUGCACGACAAGCGGAAAACCCGAGCCGAAAGUCACAUUCUACAAGAAUGGCGUUGAGAUGGAAAAACCAAAGGAUGACGACAUAUGGAUGAUUGAUACGACAAGAUUGACCAUCUACUGA